UACAAAGAGACGUCAUAUUUGAAAUUGCUAUGGCUAUGGAAUUUACAUUCAAGCUAAAGUAAAACGAAAUAAAUAUGUUUUUAAUAUCUAAGAGAGGCUAUAGGAUAGGGGAGAUUAGUUAGACAUUAUGUUAAUGGAUAUAAAACUUUUAAUAAUAAUAUAAACAGGUCAUAUUUCGAGUAAAAAAAUUAAAAUCAGCUAAUUUUGCUCUAUUUUAUUUAAUUCAAGUUUGAAUUAUCCUUCGUAUACUGCAAAAAUUUCACAUUACGUAAUAUGCAACCAUUGGGUGUAACAUGGAGGAAAUUAGCAUCAAAUCUACGCAGAACACAACCCAUUUCAUAUUUCCGGAGGACAGUAAAAGUAGCAUUUAGUGAUAAAUAUUUAUUUUACACGAAUGUAACGAUAUCUGUAAGUUUAUCAUCAGUUGGUGAUUUGUUACAACAAUCAUAUGAAAUAUAUACCAAAGAACAAAAUAAUUAUGAUUUUAAACGGACAAUGCAUAUGGCAUUUUCCGGAGCAGCGGUUGGUGUCCUAUGUCAUCAUUGGUAUAAAAUAUUAGAUAAAAUUAUAAUAGGUAAAACAACAGAUAUGAUUAUUAAGAAACUGUUGUUGGAUCAAUUGAUAUUUUCACCGAUUAUGAUAACUACUUUUUUCGGUAGUGUUGCCAUUUUUGAAGAAAAUCCUUUAGAAAAUUUUAAAGAAGAAGUUAAUGAUAAAUUUGUAACAUUGUAUAGAGCUGAAUGGAUGGUAUGGCCGCCGGCGCAACUAAUUAAUUUCUAUUUUCUGCCGACCCGAUUCAGAGUGUUGUAUGAUAAUACUAUAUCUUUAGGUUAUGAUGUUUAUACUUCACAAGUAAAGCAUAGUAAGCAAUUCAAAUCAGUACCUAUUGAUUUAAAAUCAAAGGAAACACAUUAAUCCAGUGUAAUUAAAGAAAAAUCUGUUGUUAAUAAUAUCAAUUGCAGUAUGUAUUUUAACAUAGACUUAUUUGGAUAUUA